CUCACAAGUCACACCUAAACCACACAUCUUUUGCUUUGUCGAAAUUCAAUCAGGAGCUGAAGGAGAGGCCGGGCUUGCUAUUAAAUCAAACCAUAAAACACAAGCUAUAACCAUGGCAAAACUACUCUUGGGUUUGCUCCUUGUCCUUGUCAUUAUAGGGACAACGUCGGCCGAUAACUGUGCUAAAGAUGCGGAAGCCAUGAAGCAAGAGUGCAAGAAGUUCGAGGUGUUCCCCGUGAACCCAAAGUUGCAACCGUCGCCGGCAUGUUGCGCUGUGUGGCAGAGGGCAGACAUCCCAUGCCUAUGCAAAAGGGUCACCCCGGAAGUAGAGAAGGUGUGGUGCAUGGAGAAGGUCGUGUAUGUCGCCAAUUACUGCAAGAAGCCCUUUACACCCGGCUACAAGUGCGGGAGUUAUACGGUUCCUAAAAGCCUCUAAAUAGCUAGAGCGGUUUGGACAUGCAUGGUACUCUAUCCUGAAGCUUGCAUUUGAGAUUUGUAACAUGUGAGAGACUAUGUUGAGAAUAAUGUGUAUCGAGUGCUUUGUAUGAAAAGCGUUGGAGAUUUGAUAAUGUUCGGCUUUUAUCUUA